GAGGAGCGGAGCCACCAGUCCGAGUUGGUCGAUCCAAGGCGACGAACCCGCGCACACUCAGCCGCCAUCCAGAGAGAGAAGCGAGGAGCCUCGUUCCGGUCGUUCCGGUCGUCCCUCCACACGGCUCCGGUGCAGGACGAGGAUGAGCGCGUUCCGGUACUCUGGACACUCUGGACACCGCGGACAGCAACGCGCAGCGGAGAUCCGGAUUUAAGUGUGGAGAAGUUGGCGUUUCUCGGCGGCGGUGCCCGAGUGGAAACCGUCGAGACGUGAGGAGGAUUUCUGACUUUUUUUUCUUUUCUUUUCUUUCCACCGUCGCUGAGCUGCUCUCGAAGCGCCCGGACGUGAGGAUAUAAAAGUAGUUUUUUGAGGUUUUUUUGUGAAGUUUACUGGAGAAUUUAAGGCUGUUUUUUCUUCUGAUGAAUGUUUGGUGACAUCAGACACCUGGAAGAGGAGGUUUUCUGUCAAAACGGGACACUUUGGGCAUUUGGGUCGGUGGCCGGGGCUUGUUGGAUACUUUCUCUGGGCGUCUGCGGCCGCCGUUCUGCUGGACAGCAUGCGAUCGGAGGAUGUGGUGUGAGUCGGGCCUGGCUGCUCUGCGUCUCGCCUCUCCGUCCAGAGGAAUGACGGCUCUGUGGUGCUACCUCUGGAUUUCUUUCCUCCUGCCGCUCUGCGUGGCUCCGGCCAGGCUGCCCACCGCUCAGCCCACAGACUCUGUGUCCAGCGAGACCGCCUUCCUGGAGGACUAUGUUCUGGGGAUGGGCGACACCCUGGAGAUGUCAUGUGACCUGGAGGACCACUCGGAGCCCGUCGUCUGGUUCAAAGACGGCGCCGGACUCGUGCCGAGCAACCGGACCCGGCUGGGCCAGAGGAUGCUGCGGAUCAUCAACGUGUCGUACGAGGACUCGGGGGUUUACUCGUGUCGACUCGCCCACAGCAACACGCUGCUCAGCAACUACACCAUCAGGGUGACAGAUUCUCUGUCAUCUGGUGACGAUGAAGACUAUGAUGAAGACCCAGAAGAUGCAGGUAAUGAAAAUGAAGCUCCAUAUUGGACCAGACCUGACCGGAUGGACAAGAAGCUGCUGGCCGUUCCUGCUGCCAACACGGUCAAGUUCCGCUGUGCUGCAGCCGGAAACCCGACGCCGAGCAUCCACUGGCUGAAGAACGGCAAAGAGUUCAAGGGAGAGCAGAGGAUGGGAGGCAUCAAGCUGAGGCACCAGCAGUGGAGUUUGGUGAUGGAGAGCGCCGUGCCGUCAGAUCGGGGAAACUACACCUGCGUGGUGCAGAACAAGUACGGCGCCAUCAGCCACACCUACCAGCUGGAUGUUCUGGAGCGUUCGCCCCACAGGCCCAUCCUCCAGGCAGGCCUCCCAGCCAACCAGACGGUGGUGGUGGGCAGCGACGUGGAGUUCCACUGUAAGGUCUACAGCGACGCCCAGCCGCAUAUCCAGUGGCUGAAGCACAUCGAGGUGAACGGCAGCCGCUACGGACCCGACGGCGUCCCCUACGUCAACAUCCUCAAGAGUGUUGUCAGUAAACACACUGAGGCCCACAGUAAGUUGAAACUGUCCAACGUGACAGAGAAAGACGCCGGGAAGUACUGGUGUCGCGCCUCAAACUUUGUAGGCAAGUCGGAAAACGCUUUCUGGCUUAAGAUACACAACCCAGCAGUGAGUCCAGAGAAGGAGGACUACUAUGCCGACAUCCUCAUCUACGUGACGGGCUGUGUGCUCUUCAUCCUCGCCGUUGUCAUCGUCAUCCUCUGCCGCAUGAGGAUGACUACGCAGAAAACCCUCCCGACGCCUCCAGUGCAAAAGCUGUCCAAGUUCCCCCUCAAGAGACAGGUAACAGUGUCCUUGGAUUCCAACUCCUCCAUGAACUCUAACACACCGCUGGUCCGGAUCGCCCGGCUGUCGUCCAGUGACGGACCGAUGCUCGCCAACGUCUCGGAGCUCGAGCUGCCCUCCGACCCCAAAUGGGAGUUUCCUCGAACGCGGCUCACUCUGGGUAAACCUCUGGGAGAAGGCUGCUUCGGUCAGGUGGUCAUGGCCGAAGCCGUCGGCAUUGACAAGGAGAAGCCCAACAAGUCGCUGACUGUCGCUGUGAAAAUGCUCAAAGAUGAUGCCACGGAUAAAGAUCUGUCAGAUCUGGUGUCGGAAAUGGAGAUGAUGAAGAUGAUUGGGAAGCACAAAAACAUUAUCAACCUGCUGGGAGCGUGCACACAGGACGGUCCGCUGUACGUCCUGGUAGAAUACGCCUCCAAAGGCAACCUGAGGGAGUACCUGCGGGCGAGGCGGCCGCCAGGCAUGGACUACUCCUUCGACACCUGCAAAAUCCCAGACGAGCAGCUCACGUUCAAAGACCUGGUGUCCUGCGCCUACCAGGUGGCCCGAGGCAUGGAGUACCUCGCCUCGCAGAAGUGCAUCCACAGAGACCUGGCAGCCAGAAACGUCCUUGUGACGGAGGACAACGUAAUGAAGAUCGCCGACUUCGGCCUCGCCAGAGACGUGCACAAUAUAGACUACUACAAAAAGACCACAAAUGGCCGUCUGCCCGUGAAAUGGAUGGCUCCGGAGGCUCUGUUCGACCGGGUCUACACGCACCAGAGCGAUGUGUGGUCUUACGGCGUUCUGCUGUGGGAGAUCUUCACCCUGGGAGGCUCGCCGUACCCGGGAAUCCCAGUAGAAGAGCUCUUUAAGCUGCUGAAGGAGGGACAUCGGAUGGACAAACCUGCCAACUGCACCCAUGAACUGUACAUGAUUAUGAGGGAGUGCUGGCAUGCCGUCCCGUCUCAGAGGCCGACCUUCAGGCAGCUGGUAGAAGAUCACGACCGGGUUUUAUCAAUGACCUCCACCGACGAGUACCUGGACCUGUCGGUGCCCUUCGAGCAGUACUCGCCCACCUGCCAGGACUCCAACAGCACCUGCUCCUCGGGGGACGACUCAGUGUUCGCCCACGACCCGCUGCCCGAGGAGCCCUGUCUUCCCAAACAGCUGCCCAGCAACGGGGUGAUUCGGACGUAGAAACCGAAGGACGUUUAAGAAUCACCUCCUCAGUGACUCAACAUCCGGAAAAAACUCAGCAUGCAAUACUUCCUUCAGCUCCUCCGCUCAUCUUAAAUUCUCCCUUAAAAGACUCCAAGAAGCAGUGAAGGAUUAUUUUUUGUUCCUCUUUUCAGAAGAUUCUAUUUUUGUACUCGGGCCAGUCUUUUGUUACGGACAAUCUGUGGGGUGAAACCAUUCCGUGCCUACUGGGAUUAAACCUCCUGACUGAAAUGAAAAGGAUCUAAAUGGGGGGGGGGGAGUGAAGGGCAUUGACGAGCGACUGAUCGGCGAUCCAGUAGGCGGGCGAUUUUUUUCUAUCCCCUGAAAGUUCGCGGGAAAAUCAACCAGCAGACGCCAGAAUCGACUCGACGAUGGGACUCGUUCUUCCAAGAAAACAGAGAUGAUCUCACGUUUUUACUCCUGAAUUUAUACGUCAUCGUCGCGUCUCAGCAUCCACCGCUUUUUGUGAUAAUCAUGGAAGAGAAUCGUCAGCAUAGAGGCGAAGUUUCAGGGCCAUUCAGUAAUAAGAACAGCGAGGUUCGGAGUUCGUUUUUGUUUUUUUAUGUAUCUAGAAAAGUGAUUUAUUGUAAAUAUAUAAAUGCAAAUAUGUAUCAUAUUGCUGUCCGCAGCUGUAAAAGACAAAAACAACGUUUUUUUUAAGAUAUUGUUUUAGGAUGGAAGCAGUCUAGAAGACACUGUCAUGAUGUGUAAAACAUUUAAUCAGAAAAAAAGUUUAUUUGAAUAAUUAACGUGUAUAUUUGUAAAGAUAUUUAUAGACGUAACAUGUGGUUCUUAAGUUCGAAAGGUCUAGUUUAGGAUUUUAGUACUGUACGCAAAGAUUUUUAUUUCUUUUUUGUUUUUUUUGUAACUUAUUUUACAACCAACGUUAUUUUCACGGACUCCUCUGGUUUUUCAAUCCAUCUUUUUAUCAGUUUGUUUACAGUUAGGUGACAGUUUUUUCGUUAAAAAAGAGAGAGAAUAAGAAUGUAUGACAGGUGAUUUCUGAGAACGAUUCGAGUUUGCAAUACGAUAGCAACGAUUAGCUCUUGCUGGGCAAGAAAACGCAGCGCUUGGAGAUACUAGAGAGACGUUUCAGUGUGACUGAAGUACUUCAAACAUCGUAAACAACAACUAGCUGUGAAACAUGAGAAGCCUUCAGUGAACCUUUUUCAGGAAAAAUCCUCCUAUUUUUACUGUUUUACUUUGAAUUUGUUCUGUUUAAUGAAUUCAAGAAGCAGCUGGUGGCCUAUUUGUGGCUAAUACUUAAUUUUAAACCAUUUUUAAUAACAGAAAAGUUACUGAAUGAGCAAUUUCAGGUAAAUUUUAGCAUUGAACUACAACUCCCAGCAUGCUUUCCGGCAGUUAUUCAUUUUAAUGUGCUUGUUGCAUUUAGAAAAAUGGGAAAAGAUGCUGGACAACAAAUGUUUUUAACAGCAAAAGAACAAAUUAAGAAAAGUUAAAGUUGCAUUUCCUCAUUAUCUCAAAUUGGUCCAGGGUUUUUGUGCAAUGCAUGCUGGGAUUUUGAGUCCAGAUCUGUAGUCUACACUGUAAAAAUAAUAUGUGUGUUUUUAAACGGUUUUUAGCUGUAAUUGUUUGAAAAAUGUAAUGUUAAUUCACAGUUUUGUUAAAAUACAGUUAAUAACUAGUAAAAGCACAGAAAUAAAGGGAUUCAUUUAUAUGUUAACCAUAUAUAAAUGUUCCCAACAAAAAUCUGGAUUUCGACAAAUGGUAUGUUGACAUUCUAAAAAUGUAACAAUAAAAUCACUGAAUUUUUACAGUAUGUAAAUCUGCAAAAAAAAAAAAAAAAUCACAGAUAUUUUCCAUUUAUUGAAAGAAAAAUAGUGUAUAUUUCAGAAUUUUUUAAACGGUGAAUAAUCUUUUAACUGUUAUUUUACAGUUUCUACCUGAUUUGGUUAAAUUACAGAAAACAAUAAAUAAAAUAGGCCCAUACUGCCAAAACAUUUGACUGUAAAAUAGUAAUUUUUUUUUUUACUGUAUUUAAAUCAGCAAAAAAAUAAUUUUAAUUUAUGGAUAUUUGCCCUUUUUUAGAAAGAGAAAUUAUGAAUGAAUUGUCUAGGCUAUUUUUUUCCCAAGAUUUUACCUGUUUUGUUAAAUUACAGGUAAUAGCUAAACAAAAUAACAGAAAAAAAAUAUUAAUUUGCAUGUUAACCAAAAAAAAAAAAAGCCAUAGCUUUUGACCAUAAAUUAUACUUUUUUUUUUUUUUACGGUGUUUAAAUAAGGUGUUAUUUUAUGGAUAUUUGGCUUUUUUUCAAAGAAAUCAUGUUGAAAGGAUUUGUCUUGAGCAGUUUUGUUAAAUUACAGAUAAUAACUAAUAAAAUAACAGAAAAAAUGUAUUUAUUUGCAGGUUAACUGUUAAAAAAAAGGCCAAAAAUGUAAACAACGUUCACAUCAAAAAAAAAAUUUAAUUUUAAUAUUAAUUCAUUCUUUUACAAAAUUGACAAUGAAAUUAGACAGUUUUUUCACUGUAGUCAUAUCAGAUAAAAAUGUCAAUAUUUUACUUAUAUUUUCUGUUAUUUUUACCAUUUUUAAUGUUAUUUUUCUGGCACACUUGCUGCCAGAUGUUCAGUUUAUUCACCAAAAAUCGAUUUUUAUUUUUUUACAGUGUAGAAAUAAGCCCUUGCCCUUUAAUUCUGACAAAAGGCACCCACUAACUCAAAUCAAACCACCAGCUGCUGCUUUUUUCUUUAAAUAAAACAUUUAUUACUAUGUAUGUAUUACAGGUGGAUUUUUCUCUUAAAAGUGCCUCUGAAGGCUUCGAUCUCUAAACUCCUAAAGGUCACAGGGUCGACGAUGUGCUCCAGCAACACGCUGAGCACCUGCACUCGUAGAUUUAAUUUAAAGAAAACAUCAGCUGGAAGGCAGAAAUGUAAAAGAUGAAAAAACCCAGAAAGAAACCUGCCCGGAUGCUUGAGAUUUUAUCGCUGCUCUAAUAGUAUUAAUACUGAAAAUGAAGGCAACGCUGCGCGACUCACGAGUCAAACGGCGAAAAAGAAACUCUAUAUACAGUUUAUAUAUAUAUAUAUAAAUAUAAAUAUAUUGGUUUGUUUAAAGGAGACUCUGGAGUGUGCGGUGGGUCCUGCUUCAAGUUUGUCGGGGGGGGGGAAAGUGCCAAAAUUUGUCUUAUAAAGUCACUGAGAUCUCCAGAUAUCCUGUUGCUGCACCGGGGAAUGUAAGUUAAAUGUGCAGCAAAGGAUCAUGGGAUUGCCAAAUGGAUAUCACCACCUUUUAUUUUUGUUUUAUCAUAUGCAGUCGUGUCUCCAGCCGACUCCCCAAAUAAAUAAAAAAAGUGUUUACAGAGACAAAAUCACAAAAAGGGAAAUAAUCGAUGAAUUUAAUCCGCUGCUAGAUGAUAAAAUAAUAUUCAGUUACUCUGCAAUGGCUGUAAAUCAGUGUAUGACUGAGGAAUUAUUAAAUAUACUUAAAUAAAUCACCCCAUUGCUACUUAUAGUACUUAAAAGUGUGAGAAUUUGUCUUUAAAUCUGCCUGAUUUUUGUACAUUUUAGCACCAAAUUGCGCGUUUUUUCAUGCAGAAAUUAAGAAUUUAUUUCCGUUUUUUUAAUUAUUGUAUUACAGUUUUGGCCCAAAAUCUACAAAGUGCCUGGAGGUCAUUUUAGCAAAACAAAAUAAAAGCGAUCGGUUAAUUUUUGAAUGUAUAACUGUAGAAAAAAGAAGCGUUUUAGAUUCUAGAAGCAGGUUAUGCAAAUUUUAGCCUGAUUUUUGUUUAAUUUUCAUUUUUUAAGCGAAAGAAAAAGGUACUUCUGCAAAGGUUGGAUGGAUCUAAUGAAACGGAUGCUGUUUUUUUUGUUUUAUUUAUUCUUCCUUGCUGGGUAAAAGCUUUCCCUAUGGUGAGAGUGUUUUUAUUCAAAGCUGUCGUCUGCUUUUCAGUGUCUUUCAUUAAAGAGCCAGAAGAAGAAAAUGAUGAUGAUGAUGUAGAGUAGUUGUGUUACUAGAUGCGCUUUGCUCCUGGCAUAGUUUAUCCUCUUUAUUUCAUUAUUUUAUUUCAUUUUACCGCCUCCUUGCUGAGCUUUCCCUGUCAAAUCGCUUUUAAAAUCUUGUUUUUAACAUGUGGCAUUUUAUUUUGAAAAAUCAGACUUUUGAUAAUGCUUUUUUAUGCAUUAAAUACGUCUUUUUAACAAAUUAAGGUGGGAAAUUUCUGUUCUGGAGAUGAAAAUCGAUACAAAAACGCUGAUUUAUUUGCAAAAAAGAGAUUUCAAUGCGAAAUGUGUUAAAAACGUGUUUAGGAGUGACCGUGUUUUCUUCGCUGGAUUUAUUUAAAAGUGAACUUCCUGUGCUGUCGAAUGAAUAAACGCCUCAGCAGGGAGGGAUUUUUACUGUAUGUACAGUCGACUUCACGCCACCUGAGGUUGGAUUCACUUAUUUAUUCUGCAUUUUAUUCACCCUCAACGUCAUCAGGAUUAAAAUCUGAGAAGUGUCCACUCCGAUACACUUUUUCCUUCCAGAUUUGUCAAAAUUUCAAAGAUUUCCUCAAGUUUUUGCGUAUUUAAUUUAACUUUCUGGUUCGUUUUCGGCCCCUUUUCAGUUCUAACCAGUUAAAGAUUAAUUUAUAGCUUUAAAUGUAGUUUUUAUGCAGCUGUGUGAGCUAUUUUCUGAUUUUUUGCAUCAUUUUUUGCAUUCCACAUCCGGCUUUUCACAACAACGGUGAGACAGGAAAUCAUGGUUUUCCUUUUUCUUUUCUGCGUAAUUUAUUUUUCUAACAUAGAAAGGUGGAACUAACCAUUUGGCAUUAUGUGAUGUUUCUUUUUUUUCAGUUUGUGAUUCAUAGCUUGUUUGUUGCGAUGUUUUGAUCAUGAUGAAUCCUCUGUAACAUUCCACCACAACAUCCCCUCCGGGUGAACAUCUCCCACCGGGAUGGAAAGAAAAAAAACAGCGACUAUUUCACAACUUUCUCUUCUUCCUCUCCGUCUCUCUCAAUCUCUCUCUUUCUCUCUGUGCCUGACAAACUGCCUGUCGACAAAAGGUUUUCAAUAAACAUGUUAUAAUAGCG